GCGCUGGCCGGGAUGCUGACGCUGGUGGCCCGGCUGCUGGAGUGGCUGCGCUCGCUGUUCUGGAAGGAGGAGAUGGAGCUCACCCUGGUGGGGCUGCAGUACUCGGGCAAGACCACCCUGCUCACCGUGCUGGCGUCAGGGCAGUUCACAGAAGAUAUGAUUCCUACAGUAGGCUUCAAUAUGAGAAAAAUAACAAAAGGAAAUGUUACCAUAAAGGUAUGGGACAUUGGGGGACAGCCAAGGUUUCGAAGCAUGUGGGAGCGCUAUUGCAGAGGAGUCAAUGCAGUUGUUUACAUGGUGGAUGCAGCAGAUUUAGAAAAAGUAGAAGCUUCGAAAAAUGAACUACACAGCUUAAUAGACAAGCCACAGUUGCAUGGAAUUCCAGUGUUAGUCCUUGGAAAUAAAAGAGACCUUCCUGGUGCACUGGAUGAAAAACAGCUAAUUGAGAAAUUACAUAACAUUACAGUGGCUUAUUCAGCACUCCAAAUCAAGGCAUUGUUGAAGAAAACUUUUGCUGAAGAUAACUUUUCCUUCCAAAUUACACUGGCCCCCAUCUGCUAUACACUACUGAACAGAUAAGGAAUGAAACUAAAUACUACCAGGACUCACUUUCACUAGAUUUGUUAACAAAUGGAAAAUUUCAGUCAAUUAUGGCCUUUAGAAAACAAACAUACAUACAUCCAGAAUGUCUGUCUGUCUGUCUGUCCUAAAAGCCUUAAUAUAAAACUGAAAAAAAUCAAUACUUUUUCUGAGCUGGAAUGUUUUGAGUUUAUGCAUGUGAAUUGUCAACUGUUUAG